ACUCUAUUAUUGAUGUAAUCGGCUAUCGUUAUCGAUAGCAGAUGCACGUGUGGAAUAUUUUUGCAGCGCAUAUUAUAAAUAUUCUGAGCCAAAAUACAUCUUAAAAAUGGGCCGACAAAAUCGAUCGCGCAAACGCCGCGAUGAAAUGAAUAAAAUAAAGAAGGAGCGUUACGAUGCCAAGGAGUUAAUUCGCCUGAAGAAGACGCUGGGACUCUUGGACGCAGAUGGCAAGGAGAUAAAGAUGGAAAUUGGCGAAGUCGCUGAGAUCAAGACACCCAAAGAGUUUAAAAGAGCAAUGAAAUCCAAGGAGGAGAGAGAACUAAUGUACGAGCACCAAGAGAGCUUGGAGAAGGGACAACCUGUUGUCCAGGUUAAUGAGAAUACAGGUGUUGAGCACGUUUACAACAGCAAGACCCUCAAAGAUCAGUUUGGCAACUAUCCCGCCUGGUUCAAAAAGAAGAAGACUGCCAAGCGUCUACGCAAGAAGCAGCACGCACAGAAGAAGAACUUCAAACAGGCCUGGACAACGGUCAAUGUGCCGCUCUAAACUCUAAAACUAAAACAGGCAACAGGAAAUUGCCACGCCUAGUUGUUAAGCAUAAUAAUAGUUUAGUAACUUUUGUAACUUAAGUGCUACAAAGCCAACUCUUAGCUUGUUAGCAAUAGAGUUUUUUAUUGCAUAUUAAAGCCUUAAAAUUACACGUA